AUGGACAAACAACUUGUCAAACUGUCACGUUCGAUUUCUCACUUCAUUCUCUUGUUUUUACAAAUUCUUUGUUUUAUUUCGAUCUAUGUUUACUGCAAUUCAAUCUUCACACUACCCCCAUCACGGAAUAUUUCAUUAUCGAUUGCUUCUCCGUUCUCUCUCUCUCUCUCUCUCUCUCUCUCUCUCUCUCUCUCUCUCUCUCUCUCUCUCCUGGAUUUCAAAGCAACAUAUAUAAAUCAAGCACAUUUACUUGUUGGAAUAUCCAUCCUCUCUCCCUCUCUCUCUCUCUCUCUCUCUCUCUCUCUCUCUUUCUUUCCCUCUCUCUCUCUCUUUCUCUCUCUCUCUCUUUUCCUCCCUCUUUCUAUCUAUCUCUCUAUCUAUCUAGUCUGGCAUUUUAAAACAUUAUUUCUUUCUUUCUGCCUUGCUUUCUUUUCUUUCUAUGUUUAUCUCUUUUCUCACCGUCUCUUUCACCUCAUAUACAUAUAUACAUCCCCUUCUCUUUCCCCCCUCUCUCACGUUACUUCCAAACUUCUCCCUUCUUUCUUCUACUCUCUUCUUCUUUGUUUAUAUACCUUCCUCUGCACAAGCAUUAUAGCUCUCUCCAUUUUUCCAUCCAUCUCCCGUUCCAAUUUUUUAUUAUCUCCCAACUACACGACAUGUAUUUUAAUGUACUUAAUUCUUUAA